AUGGAACUGAGGCGAAGACUGAGUAGAGUGCAAACUCUUACUCAAUUCAACUUCUCAUACAACAAGAGUUUUGGUCAUAAAUUCAGAGAUUUCAUAGCAAAAAGUGGCCACCAUGUAAAGCCAAUUCAAAAGUAUAUCUUUCCCAAUUUUAUUGCUGUCCAUUAUUUUUACAUAAUAUUCAUGACAAUUCUGGCGUCUAUUUUACUUUAUCCUGUUAAAAAUUUCAGUUAUAUCGAUAUUUUGUUUUUGGCAGCUGGGGCUACCACUCAAGGUGGUUUGAAUACGGUUAAUAUCAAUGAACUUACUUUAUAUCAACAGAUGAUAAUAUACAUUAUAUGCUGUCUUUGCACUCCCAUUGCAAUUCACGGCACACUCGCAUUUGUGAGAUUAUAUUGGUUCGAGCGAUACUUUGACAAUAUUAGAGAUACAUCCAAGAGGAAUUAUAAAAUGAGAAGGACAAAAACAAUCUUAGAGAGAGAAAAAACUGCGAGAACUCUUUCUAGGCUACGAACGAAUACAACUAUACCUAUACAUAAAUCAAAUCAAGAAAAUUCCCAAAGAUCAAAUUUCCAAGAGAAGUUGUUUAGUGGUGAGUUUGUUAAUAGAGAUGAACAAAACUCAAUCGAGAGCCAACAGGACGCCAUGGAUUCCCAAAGUACACAAAACAGUUUACCAACAUUCAAAGGCCUUGGUCCAAGUAAAAUUCAAAAAACAGCUAGUCCAAGAUCACUAAAUUCAACUCUACCAUCUGGGUCUGUUCUUGAAGAUGGUGAAAGUAGAACGCCAUAUGAGCAGCCAAUUGACUACACUAUACCUAACUCAAACCCAAACCUUACUGUUCCCGUAGAACGGUUUAAAAGGAGAAGGUCGAGAGAUAUAUCUCCUCAGGAUAUGUACCGUUCAAUUAUGAUGCUACAGGAUAAACAUUCUAAUAUAGAUGAUAACGAGGAAGGUCCAGCAUUGGUAAUAGGUUCACCACAAGAUAGACAGAACAUAAAACCAACUGUACAAUCACAGUCAAUGGGUCACAAUGCACUUACACCUGUGCAUUCAAUUUCAGACAAAGAAGUAAGUCCAAAACAUGUAGACGCAAAUGAAAUAAAUAUGGGAAUGAAAGUAAAGGAUAAACAUGGUAAUCAAGGCCCAAGUCGCAGAAGUGGAAGUCAAUCGCCCUCUAGCGAGAAUGCAUUUCCGAAUGAGAAUGAUGAAGAGGAAAAUUUUUCUCCUUACACUAAUUCUCGAAAAAUCAAACUAAAUAAGCAUCCUACAGGUAGGAAUUAUGAUAACUCUUCUGAUGACUUGAAUAGUGCUGGUAAUUACAAUUCUGAAGAAGGAUUAGAGGGUGAGAAUGCAACCCAAUCAACAGAGGAAGUAAGUCCCUUAGAUUCAGAUGAUGCUUAUUCUGACGGUGAUUCCCAUGAAUAUGAGAAUACAGAAGUGAAUGAAGAUUCAGAUUCAAUUCAGGAUAUACAAAGUGGAAAUAAUCGUUUAUAUAGAAGAAGAACUGAUCAGGAACGGAACCUAAAUUAUGAGUCGGAAGCAUCUAUCACACAGGAUAAUAUCGAACGCCAUAAUAACGAUUCAAUUAAUAGUGAGAACGCUGCAAGCGAUGAUUCCGAAAGUAAUGGUGAAAAUACAAAUGAUAGAAAUGCUAGAACUCCCAACAAAGGAGGUGAGCCGAAAAUUCAAUUCAACAUUACAGAACCUCCUAGGAAGAGAAGAACACAAAAUUUUCAUAUUAUGGAAGCCACAAGACCCAACAUACCACAUAAUGCACAUAAAAGAACAUCAAGUAAUUUAUUUCUCAAGCAAUUGUCCAAAGGUAAGCGGAUACGGCAUAAUCUUAAAAGGAGACUUUCUAGUGGACCAUUUGAGAAAAAUGAAUCGCCAUUUAAUCCUUCAAUAAAAAAUGUGAACAAGCAGAAAGGUUCUCAGAAAGAGACUAAUCAAGACAACGGUGAAGAUUACUUUGCAGACAAUGAGAGUGAUGACGAUGAUAAUAAUCCAGCCAGUUCUGACUACAAUGGGCUAUCCAAAACUGUAUCAUAUAACAACACUGAGGAUAGAAAGCCUGACCCGGUAAGACUUACUAUGGAGAGAGCGAUGACUAUGGAUAAUAUAACACCUGAGGAUCUCAAUAAGUUAGCUCAAAAACCUGACUUCCAAAAAAUGGUAUACAAAAAUUGGAAAAGAAAACACAGGAAAAACAAGAAGAAUAGAAAAUUAGGAUGGAAUAAAAAAUUUGAUUUUGAGGACACACUACCCACCGUUUUUGACAGUCAUAAUGAGGGCCAUCAAAGGACGAUGUCUAAUGAUGAAGAUAACGAAGACAUUAGAAAUGGUAAUAUUGACAGGUAUAACACGAUUGACUACAACGAUGGUUACCAAAUUGAUCCCGACAUGAAUGAGGAGGGCUAUUUUGGCGUUUCUUUUAAUAAUGACUACAAUUUUAGUCGUCAUCCUUUUUCUCGGACAAUGAGUGCCAACUAUCUGUCUUGGGAGCCUACAGUUGGACGUAAUUCUUUAUUUGUCGAUCUAAGUAGAGCACAGAAGGAAGAAUUAGGUGGUGUUGAAUAUAGAUCGAUUAAAUUAUUAUGCAAAAUUCUUGUUAUCUAUUACCUGGGCUUUCAUAUCAUGUCAUUCACAAUGCUACUUCCUUGGAUUACUCAUAAGACAAAAUAUAAACAUAUUGUAAGGGAUGAUGGUGUAUCUCCAGGUUGGUGGGGUUUUUUUACAGCUAUGAGUGCUUUUAAUGACUUGGGUUUGACACUAACUCCUGAUUCAAUGAGCUCUUUCAAUCGGGCAGCCUAUCCACUUAUUGUAAUGAUUUGGUUCAUAAUUAUAGGUAACACUGGAUUUCCUGUAUUAUUGAGAUUCAUAAUAUGGGUGAUGUAUCACUUAUCGUCAGAUUUGUCACAACUGAGGGAGAGUCUGGCCUUCUUGCUGGACCAUCCUCGUCGUUGUUUCACGCUAUUAUUUCCUAGCACCGCUACAUGGUGGUUAUUUGGAAUUUUGGUAGGUCUAAACAUUACAGAUUGGAUUUUGUUUAUCAUUCUGGACUUUAAUAAUGUCGUUGUGAAGCCGAAUCCCAAAGGUUAUAGAGUUUUAAUGGGAUUGUUUCAAGCAGUUAGCACAAGAACCGCUGGGUUUUCUGUUGUCGAUCUAAGCCAACUUAAUUCUGCAGUGCAAGUGUCAUAUAUGAUUAUGAUGUACGUGUCUGUUUUGCCUUUGGCUAUUUCUAUUCGUAGAACUAAUGUUUACGAAGAGCAAUCUUUGGGUUUGUACGGGAAUGUAGAAGAUGAUGACUCAAGUGAUUCAGAUUAUGAAGACCAUUUAAGUUCGGAGGAAGAACUAUUAGCUAAAAAUGGAGAUAACGACGAUGACGAAGAAACGCUAGACUCACAAUAUUAUUCGAAAUCCAUACGCGGUAGAAAUGAUAGCGAUGAAAGCUCUUCUAAUGAAGGAGGUAGUAACUCUUCAGCAAAGAAGAGAAAAAGGACAGCCAAAAAAGAAUCCUCCAAAGGUAAAAAGAAGAAAAGAAGAGUGUCUGAAAAGAAAUCUAAAUCGUUUAUUGGUGCACAUUUACGGCGCCAAUUAUCCUUUGAUUUAUGGUUUUUAUUUUUAGGUCUUUUUGUUAUCUGUAUUUGUGAAAACGGGAAGAUUAAAGACGUUGCGAGACCUGCAUUUAAUGUGUUUCCUAUUCUCUUUGAGAUCGUGAGUGCCUAUGGUACUGUCGGCCUAUCUCUCGGAUAUCCAAAUACUUCGCAGUCACUGUCAGGACAAUUUACUACUCUCUCUAAGCUUGUGAUCAUUGCUAUGCUAAUUAGAGGAAGAAACAGAGGUCUGCCAUACACUCUUGACAGAGCCAUUAUAUUACCAAGUGACAGACUUGAACGUAUUGAUCAUAUUGAAGAUUUGAAGUUAAAACGGACUGCAGGCCUACAUGCAAGGCAUCAACCAAGGCCCGAAGACGAGAGGAAGAAAUCAAUAGCAAAGAAAAGUUUCAAAUAUAUCAAAAAAGGUGGCAAAGGUUUAUUAUACCCAAGCAAAUUGUUAUAA